AUGUCUACGGACGUGUUGAAGCACUGCUUUUUUGUCCGCUCCCCCGACUUUUUGUAUGAAUCUGGAGUCAGCAACUACCAAGUCGAAGACGGCGACUUCCAGAGAUUUGUGGAUGGCCUCAAGAAACCGCCUGGCGAGGAUGAUGCAACCAAUGCCAUUAUGAUGAAGCAGGUAUGCUAUGCCCAGCUCGCAGACCGCGCGGAGAGGCUCUCUCCUGUACGUGGUACAAUUUCCACCACUUACUACUGGACGAGUCGCCAGGACGAUAUUCCCGACGACCUGAGCGAUACGUUAUAUUUGCAUGAAUGCGGCAAACCGUCUAUCUUUGACAUGGAGUUUUCCAGGAACGGUCAGCCAUUUAUUGGAUACCUCCAGAAACAUCGUGAUGAUUACACAUGUAUUGAUUCUCAGACGUGGGUUGGAGCCGUUACGAUGAAUGGGAGGCUCUUGUUGCGAGAGGGCACGCCUAUGUGGGUGGAUUUCAACUGUGUCGAUGUCAACAUGGCGUCAAAUAAGCAGGAAUUUGAGAGGGGCAUACAUAUCGUGAAUAGACUGCGGAUGGAGGCGGCGGACUUCUGGGAGUCGGUGGCUGCAAGUGUCGGUGAUCCAUCUACCUAUGAGGCCGCACCGGACGAUUGGAUACCGCUCCAAGACAGGUUAUUCGGCUUUCCUGAGAGCUGGAGUUUUGCUCGCAGCUUUAGAGCUAGCUCCAGAAGAGGCACCGAGCUGAGUAUCGAGCCGAGGAUCGGGGAUGAAGAGUUCCAGACGUUCAGGAACUCUCGCUGGACGGCCGGCUCAGACAGCCUCAGGAUAUUUGCCAAGUACGCGCUUGAUCACCAGUCACCUCCCCCCUUCACAGCCAAUAUACCACUCACGCAACUGGGCCUAGAUCCAGCAGACCCAAGAUACGAGCCGUUUAAUGGAUACGUGCCCUCUAAUUUUUUUAUCAUGGUCAGGGAGGAGGGUUGUCGGCGUCACAGGAAAGCGGAAAAGCUCUGCGCCAGGGCCACGGACUUCGCAGAGAAGGUGACCCAAUUAGUUGAAAGAAAAUUUCCCCACGACGUAAAUCUAGUUGCGUUCGUUGUGGAAGUUACGAAUCACGAAAUGAAUAUUUGGUUGGGUUCCCUCGUGGAUUCUGGACCCAGCCCCGAGUCAUAUUGCUGCUCCCCUAUAUACUUUUACCUGAGGAGGAGCAAGGAGGAAUUCGACCGGGGUCUUCGUGCUUUGGCCCUGGUGCGCAAGACGGCGGCGGAUAUCCAGCGACGGCUAUGCGCGGACGUCGCGGCUCGCCGUACAAGGGAGGUCCAUGUGCCCGCACAGCCUGACCUUAUGGAGGCAUCACGGAGCGAAGACGAGGAAAUACGCAAGGUCAACGACACGAUGGCGCGGAUCGAUCUAGGUGCUCAGGUCGCGUCGCGCGAGUCGGCACCCGUGGGCGUCGAGACGAACACUGCCAGCCAACGUGGCCAGAAGCGAGGGCGGGACGAGGAUGAGGAAGAGACUCCGCAGACCAUGAAGCACAGAAGAACCAUCAAGACCAUGCCGCAAGUCCGACCGGGUGCUGAUGUAGCGUCUGCUGGCCUUGCGGCUGCGGACAUCAAGGCGAGUCCUGCGAGCCAAGAUGGUCGGAAACGAAGGCGGGAUGGGGAUGAAGGCGAGACCCCCCGGACCGUGACUACUGGGACCGUGUCAGAAGUCCGACUUGGUACUGGUGGCAUAUUUGGUGGCCUUGCGCCCGUGGACAUGAAGGCGAAUCAGGCCAGUCAAAAUGGUCUGAAGCGAAGGCGGGACGAGGGAGAGGACGAGGUUUCUCACACAACGGGGAAGUACAGAAGACCUGGAGUGAACGCCUUGUCAAGGAGGAAAGUGGGUGGAGAUCACGUCGCUUAG